CAGUCAGUGUGUUCUUAUCUAGUCGAGGUGGAAUGAAGAGUUACUGCUGGACGUAACGCCUAACGGUGGGUGCUCGCAGCUCAGCUCGUCAGUUCUCUGAAGUCAGAAUCAAUGGCCACGAUGAAGAAGCACCUGGGCGAGCUGCGCAAGCGUUUGCGAAGCGGAACAACAAAAGUAAGAGCUACGACGACCGGGACAGCAGGCAGCAGCAGUACUGUGAGUACAUGUAGUGCUAGUGAAGCUAGUGAACCAUGCACGAAGCAGCCAUGUAGCAGCGUGCCUGGUGGAAGCGCAUGCAGUUGCGCCGUGCCAGUGGUGGUAGACGACGUUGAUAACCAUGUAUUUCUCUUGGCCGCCCGCUGCCUGCGCGACGCGCCUGGUGAUGCAGCCGUGAUCAAGCAGAGAUCUCAAUCUGUGAGUGUGACGAUCCCAGCUUCGGUCAAAGGUGAAAGUGCGAAGGUAGAACUGGGGAAAGAGUUUUCCAGCCAAGACAGUAGCAGAUCGCACAGAACAUUUUCUGAUUGUUGUAAACGUUUGGUGAAAGGCGCUGGCAGAAGAGUUGGAGGGAGGUCUAGAAGAUCCUUCACGCUGAUAUCUACGGAGAAUCUGGAGUCAACGAGUGGAAGUGUCGAUGAGCGCUCGAGCCCCCAAUCAAGAAAUUGCAACAUCGCCGAUGAAUUUCUAACGUCGACGUCAUUGAAUUGUGGGACAUCAGGAACAGAUUUGGUCCCUGAAUGCGAUUCAGGUGUUGAGUUUGGUGGAUCCUGCCGUGGCUUGAACUCGUCUUCUGCGAGUGAUCCGUCGUAUUCCGACAAACACUCCAGCGUGUCAUCAGGCCUGUCAGAUCGCUCUGCAACCUCUCUGAACGCAUCGACGGCAGUCUCCCGCUAUUCUGCAGAAUUUCCGGACAAUCCGAACGAAAGCAUGUUGAUGGCUCGUCACCCCGCUGCCCUCUCGGAUCGCCCGCUGCCCCAGUUGCCUCCGCCACGGGCUAUCACAGCUCCGAUAUCGACGGCCGUGCAGUCGGCUGUUGCCAGAGAACUUACACGUACGAUGGCCAGGCGGGCGACUGUGUCCACAGUGCAUUUUCAGAACGGGGAUCAACAGCAGGACGACGACCCACCGCCACUACCACCACGAUCACCUCCUUCAGCAGCCACAUCGCCAGACGACUCACGCACUGCAGCACUGCCACCAAGACGACUACCAGCAGCGACAGCACCUCCGCCACCCCCUCGUAACAUCCCUGAGAGCAGCAGCGGGCGCACUGGCAGUGUUUACGACGACCCAGAGGCUCUGGAGAGAGCGUUUGGCCCACUGCGUGACGUCGGCCGCUGGUACCGCAGCGUGGCAGCGCAGCAGCUUGCUAUGCACCACUCGGGCAUGCAGAUAUCAGAAGAAGACGGCUGGUCAAGUGUCCUGUCCUCGUUAAGGCGGACGAGACCGCGUGCUUGGACAUCACCGGCACACCAUGCAUUGACCGGCACAUCCACCGCCGCCUCCAGCGUCAAUGAGAACAGGGUGAGCAGGAUUGCCGGGGAUGCAGCGCCGCCUCGCAUUGGCAGAGGUGAGAGCGACGACGUCAUCUACGGCCGGCUUCCGGCAUCACCAGCGCACACCAGUCUGCUGAAGGGACUUGAAGGCCUGGUCAAGCAAGGAUGGUACUGGGGACCUGUGUCGCGUACCGAAGCCGAAGAACUCCUCGAGGGCCUGCCUGACGGUACGUUCCUUGUUCGAGACAGCACUGAUGAUCGCUAUUUGCUGAGCGUGACAUUCCGCUCUGUCGGCAGAACGCUGCACACUCGUGUGCAGCACUUCCACGGCGCGUUCAGCCUAUACGAGAACCCCACCCGUUCACGGCGAUGCCAGACCGUUGUUGAACUCAUCGACUCUGCAUUGGCUCAAUCGCAGGCCGGUGCGUUCUGCCACUCGACCGCAGUACCCGGGCAGAACCCAGUCCCAGUCCGAUUGCAAUACCCGCACUCGCGCUUUCGCACUAUGCGCUCACUGCAGCAGCAGUGUCGCUUUGUGAUUCGCCAGACGACGCGCUACGACCUGAUCUGUGAGCUACCGCUGCCCAAGAUGAUGCACACGUAUUUGCUUGAGUCGCCAUUCGUCACCAGCUAGGAAGCAAUCCGAACCUGGCCUGCAUGGCUGUACAGCUUGAGUUUUCAGUGUUCGGUGAUGAUUUGACUUGAGAUUUGAGAUGGCCGCUUUAUUGCCUACAUCCCCUCCUCUUCACCCAAACUAUACAAUGUACAUUGUACUGCACUAUUGAGCAAACCCGAUUAGCCUCUGAUCUUUCAGUUGAGCCCCAUGGAAUUGAAGUGUGUCCCAGUAUUUAUUUUAUUCCCGUUGACCUGCCGCAUCGGUACAUGUAGCUCCAUGCGAAAUGCUUUGGUGCUUCACCUGUUUGUCAUUGUGUAUGUGCUGUGAUUGGUGCUUCACCUGUUUGUCAUUGUGUAUGUGCUGUGAUGUUUACAUCGCCUCUGCAUCUCCUUGGCAUCCUCGGCCUUAUAUGCAGUGUAUGUUGACAAAGUGAGAAGUACAGAUGAAUAAUGGUUUACUGAAACUCUUA